GAAAGUAAAACGUCGCAGUGCUCAGUCCCUUGUGUUCUUCACAUGGUCCGGGAGGAGGAUCAAGCACAGCAGACCGAAAACACGCAUAGGGUCAGCGUAAAAAAGGGCGCCGUGGGAAUUUCCAGAUCUUUUAUUAUUAUUAUUAUUUCGCGUAGUGGGGCUUUACAAGAGAGGGUCGUAGGAGGGACAUUUUUAAGUCACAUGCCAGACGGAUAUGACCACUUGACUGAGCACCGAGAGCCGUGGCGCGGUCUGACGCAGGCGCUGACAUUAUCAUCGAAAGCCUAAUUGAGAGAGCAGACACUCCUUGGACAACAUCAAGGAUUAAAGCAGCCUGCAUUAAGCUCAGUGAAAAGGCCUUACCAGGACGUGUCUGUGUCAGAAGGCUGGAAAAGUUUGGAGACAUUUGCAGCUUGAAGUUUGAAACAGUCUGCACCCGGGUUUCACUUGAGUACGGAUAUUAGAGCUUCAACAGAAGUAUGGUCCGGUUUGAGGCUUGGCUUCUUCUGGUUCUUCUGGGUCUGAUGUGGGCGUUACCAGUCUGGAUGAGCUUUCCAUCUCCAUCUCCCAUCUCUAAAAACUCUCCACUCUGCACAUCUCUCGAAACGCUGAAGGAUCAGCUCAAUUCAUCAUUAAGGAGGCGAUAUUUGAAACAUAACUUUCCUAUUAACUACACCAUUCAUGUGCGUUAUGAAGAGGUCUUCAGGCUGAAGAAUAUCAGUAAACUGAAAAAUGAUUCUGAAAAUGAGAAGCACCUCCAGGAUUUGUGGGUCGAUGUCACUGAGAUAGGCAUACAGAGGAUUUUGAAUGUGCUGCCGGAGAGACAUCCAACACGCCAUAAAUACCUCGCAAACCUUGAGUCCCUCUUGAAAGCCAUUCAGACAAUCUGGGUGAAAACUGAUGAGAGUUAUUAUACAGAAAACAUUGUCAACAUUUUUGAACAUUUGGGGAUGAAAAACUAUGAGGCACGGAAAUCUGUCACACCUAAAUCCUUACUCGACAACUGUUAUCGGACCAUGCACUGCCUAUUCAAGGACUGCUUCUUAAGGAACAGCAGCCAAGAUGACUACUGCGACACUCAGCACUGGAGAAAAGUGAAAGGAACACAGGGAUGAUAGAAGGUCACUUAAAGGAGGAUUUUCUUCUGGGAAAUGCGCAAAGGCCACAGGCACACAGUGUGUUUAUUAGCGCUGUUGCUCACCAACAUACAAGCCAUCUAUCCACACACACACACACACACACACACACACACACACACAUAUAUAUAUAUAUAUAUAUAUAUAUAUAUAUAUAUAUAUAUAUAUAUAUAGCGAGAGAGAGAGAGAUAAAAAGAUAGAUAAAAUCCAAUAUGAGCUCAGAAUUGUGUGUGGUGUUGAUCAUCUCAUGGCUUUCCUUUUGCUAUUGCAAAAGGAUAUUAUAUAUAUAUCAAUUUAAUGGUGUUCUUAAUUAUGUCCUUGAUCCUGUGCGCCAUAAAUACCAACAAGUCUAUGUGUGUGUGUGUGUGUGUGUGUGUGCGCGCUGUGAUCUUCUACAGGUAAUAGAAGUGUGCAUUGUAUAUAUUGCUUGCAGAUGUUUUGCUGACUGCUGGCUUAGUCAGCAAAUUCCUGUUUCCUUUGCUUUGUGCUUUUAUAUAAACUAUGUUCUCAUAAAUAUUAAAUAUUACACGUCUUUCGUAAUACUUUUUCAACGAUGUCACUUGUUUUGUGCUUUUAUAUACGUGUUAUUUAUUUAGAGAUCUCUACAGAAUGUUCUAGUAAAUAUGUUGGAGAAAAAAAAAAUAAAAAAUCCUCUGGCGCC